AUAAACCGGCCUUAAGUGAUGUGACAUAACCUAUGUGCAUGAUAAGUGCGCAAAUUUAGUGCUAAUAAAUCAAAAGGAAGGAUUGAAGGCUUCUUAAACUCCUUUCACUCCUUUCAAAGCGUGUAAACACUGUGAACAAUAUUAUAAUUGUUAAAUCUAUAAAUUUGAAUUUGUAUAUAAGUGAUAAAAUACACAAAAUGGCACAGGGAAAGCUUAAAGUUAAGACGAAGCUGCCAACAUCAAUAAAGACGAAAGCCAAUAAAAACAAGGGCAAAAAGGGCCCUGCUAUUCAAAAACGUGGAAAUGCCCCUGUUCAACCUAAGAAGGUAAAGUUGCAGGAAGUGCAGAAAUUGAAGAAGAUGAUCUCAAGAACUGUGAAUACUGCAGUGGAAGAUGAGAUACGAGAGAAAGCUUUAGGGGGAAGGAAAACUCUCACAAAAAAGAAUCCUUCUAAUUCGAAAAAACAAUGAUAUGUUAAUUGUUGUAAUAUU